AUGCCCGGCUCCGUCCACUCCCAAGAUCAAGACCAGUCCAUGGUGGACGCCGAACAAACCGUCGAACAGGUUCCCCAAGAAGUCACCCUGGACGAGAAGCAGAUUGUCGUGCUCCCCGGCGCCACCGAAACCGCCGCAUCCUUCCAAUUUGAAGGCGAGGGCCACACAAUGGGUAAUGCGCUCCGCUACGCCAUCAUGAAGAACCCCGCUGUUGAGUUCUGCGGAUAUACCAUCCCCCACCCCUCAGACCCGAAGAUGAAUGUUCGUAUCCAGACUACCGACUCCACUACUGCCCUCGAAGCCCUGGAGAAGGGAUUCAACGACCUGAUGGAUCUGUGUGAUGUUGUAACGGAGAAGUUCACAGCUGCUCGGGAUCAGUUCAAUGAGGAGAGUGGAAACCGCAUGGAGGCAUGA